CAGGUGACUCCUGUUUCCACUGGAGAGUUGACUCUGCUUCAGUCGCAGUUUAGCCAGCGGCCAACGCUUGGAGCUAACGCCCGGCUAGCGGUCGCUUCUCCGCCUCGAGCCUCUUCAUACACGCUGCCAGAACCGAGUGGACGUCUUGCUAAACCUCCGGGGUUUGUUGUCAUUUGUAUUGCCUACUAUGAAGAAGAUAAAAAGGCCCACAUCCUGACGUCCACUGUGGGGUCAAUGACGGACACUCGCAGCGUCGGUGACUGACAUGGAUGCGAGCCACAUUAAGGAUGUGAAACUUUCAGCCGAAGUGGAACCGUUCAUCCCGCAGAAGAAAGGUCUCGAAGGAACCCUGGUCAGCAUGAGUCUGUCUGGAGAGCCGGGAGGUGGAGGUGGAGGAGGAGGCAAUGGAGGGGUGGAAACUACUCCUAUACCGAGCUAUCUCAUCACCUGCUACCCUUUUGUCCAGGAGAACCAACCAAACAGGCAGCAUCAAAUGUACAAUGCAGGGGAGCUGCGCUGGCAGCAGCCUAACCCUGGCCCCGGUGGUCCCUACCUGGCCUACCCAAUCAUGUCCUCCCCUCAGCCACCUGUGUCCAAUGACUAUACCUACUACCAGAUUAUGCCUGCUCCGUGCCCUCCUGUAAUGGGCUUCUAUCAGCCAUUUCCUGCCACGUAUGCAGGCCCAGUGCAGCCCGGAGUUGUCAACCAGGUUUCGGCAGAUGUUAGCGAAAGGCUUCUGCCUCAUGGGCCGGCGUACAGCAUGGCCAAUCAAAGAGGGAGAGGAAUGGUCCGAUCUAAUCUCCCAAAGCAACAGUUAGGUGUUUGCCAGCCACCGAGGGGCCGUCGGCCUCCAAUCAGAAGUCCGGCCAUGCAAAAGGAACUGUGCCCCACGGUCCAUGAUAGCUGGAGUAAGAAAGUACUGGUGGACGCAGCUCAGCAGACGGAUUUCCCAGGUGAGGUGUCAGGCCGGGGUUUCGUAGAGACUGCAAGUCCACUGCCAUGGAAGAACCGAACAAAGAGGCAACAGGCAUCCAAUGCAGUUGAAAGCUACAGUGAUCAGGGUACUAGCGAAGCGGAUAUAGACAGUGACAGUGGAUACUGCAGCCCCAAACACAAACAAGCAACAGGAGUACCACAUCGAACUGCAGAGACGUCAGUGCCAUCCACCGGAGUUGAGACUGGUGUAAUGACAGCAGGUACAUGGGUAAAUGUAACUUCACAGGCAACACAGAAGCCCUGGGGGGACAAGAACGGCCAUUUCUACAAAACGGACCACAGGAAGAACCCUGAACAGAAAAACUUCUCACAGGAUUUCCAUGGUGUCCUUCCAGGGCGUGGUCUUCCAAAUCACUCAGAACAAAGACAGCAGUCAGCACUGGUCGCACGUGAUGAGAUCACUCCAGAGCCCCUUUACUUUGAAGAUGAAGAUGAGUUUCCAGAUUUAGCCACUGGACAUGGUGUCCAACGCUGCGCGAAAGCAGAAGCCACUCCCACACAGACGCAAGCGCAGCCAAAACUACCUAGAAAUCUGAUAGAAAACAUAGCAGAAGACUCACCCAUCAGCAUUGUGCAGACCCCAAUCCGCAUUACCACAUCUGUUCCCAAGAGGGCAAAGAGCCAUCGAAAGAAAGCCCUGGCUGCUGCCAAGGCCACUGCUCAGGAAUAUUCGGAGAUUAGCAUGGAACAGCAGAAAUUACAGGAAGCCCUAAUUAAGGCAGCAGGCAAAAAGAGCAAAACCUCUGUUCCGUUGGAUUUAGGAGACAUGCUGGCAGCAUUAGCUAAACAGCAGCAGGCAUUGAAGGCCAAACAAAUCACAAAUACAAAGCCACUGGCUUUUACAGUGGGAACAACCACUCCGUUAUACAAUUCAGCUUCAACCAACUUGGCCGCCAUGUUGAAAGGUAACCCUCAACCACAAAUGGGCCCCCCUAACUCUCUGGAUUCGACUCCGCCCCGGAUGAAGCGAGGGAAGGAACGGGAGAUCCCCAAAGUCAAGCGGCCUACAGCUCUUAAGAAGAUUAUUCUUAAAGAAAGAGAAGGAAAAAAAGGUAAAGCAAGCAUGGAUCAAGAGUCAUCAGCCCAUGACGAGCAUGAGGGUGAUUGUUUACAUUUUACCGAAGAUCUUUCCCAGGAGCCUGCAUCUCAAGAAGAAAAUGGUCUGAGUGUGCCCAGUGAUGCGUCCCUCUCUCCAGCCAGUCAGAACUCUCCAUACAGCAUCACGCCUGUAUCCCAGGGCUCUCCUUCAAGUUCAGGCAUUGGGAGUCCCAUGGCUUCAAACGCAAUUACAAUAAUCCACAGUAGACGUUUCAGAGAGUACUGUAACCAAGUACUGAGCAAGGAGAUUGAUGAGAGCGUGACACUGCUGCUACAGGAGUUGGUUCGUUUCCAAGAACACGUCCACCAGAAGGACCCCAUUAAGGCCAAGUCCAAACGACGCCUUGUCAUGGGCCUCCGAGAGGUCACAAAACACAUGAAACUGUGUAAUUUAAAGUGUGUCAUCAUCUCUCCAAACUGUGAAAAGAUCCAAGCCAAAGGUGGUUUGGAUGAAGCUCUGUACAAUGUCAUUUCUAUGGCCAGAGAGCAGGAGAUCCCAUUUGUGUUUGCUUUGGGUAGAAAGGCGCUCGGACGCUGCGUCAACAAACUUGUGUCUGUUAGUGUUGUUGGCAUCAUAAACUAUUCUGGAGCAGAGGGUCUAUUUGAGCACCUAGUGUCGCUAACAGAAGAGGCAACAAAGGCCUACAAGGAAAUGGUGUCAUCUCUGGAGCAGGAGCAAGCAGAGGAGGCUUUGAAACAUGUCAAGAAAGGCCCACACAUGGGACAUUCUCGCAACCACUCCGCGGCUUCCGCUACCUCCUUCUGCUCCGUUAUCUCUGAGCCCAUCUCGGAGGUCAAUGAGAAGGAGUAUGAGACCACAAACUGGCGAAGUAUGGUUGAAACUGUUGAUGCUCCAGAACCAGUUGAGGCCGAAAUAAGCGCCCCUUCGCCUUCUGUGGCCCCCCACAGAGACAAUGAGACUCUGUCGGCCUCCGCAAGCGCCGUCCCACAGAGAGCGACGCAGGCUCAUGGCGAGCGAGACGAGGUCCGUGCCGACGAUCGCCUGGAGCUGGCCUCUCAGCAGAGCACGGAGACUGGUUCGCUAGACGGCAGCUGCAGGGGCCCGUUGAACUCCUCCAUCACCUCUACCACCUCCACCCUGGUGCCCGGAAUGCUAGAAGAGGCCGAGGAGGAGGACGAAGAAGAAGAGGACUACACGCCUGAGCCUAUUUCUGUGGAGGUGCCCACCCUCAACAGCCGUAUCGAAUCGUGGGUGUCCAAAACCCUUGAGAUGCAGCUGGGAAAGAGCCAGGACAGUACAGAGGAGGAGGAAGAGGAGGAGGAGGAAGAAGAGGAGGAAGAAGAAGAGAGAGCACAGAGCGAGGAGGAAGAAGGCCUCGUUUCAGAUGGUGUCACAGAUACUAAGGUGGAGGACAAAAUAGAAGAGGUGGAGGCCAAGGAGGUCACGGCCUGAUGUUGCUCCAUCUCCUCAUCCCAUAAAACCAGCAGCUUUUGUCCUUGCCUCGCCACUUCCUAACACUUCACGUAAUAUCCCACCUAGGGCCUGAUUUACUCAAAAUAUGCGCCUUCAGAAACGGGCGCAAAGUGGAGUGCCCACGUAAAAAGGCGUGUGGAAGCCGCUCUCCUAACUGGUAACCAAUCUUUUCUAUUCAGACUGUUAAUCUUGAGGCGACACAAUGCCGCAUGAAUCAUGCAAGGUGAGCGAAGAAGUAAUUUUGUUUUUUUUUAAAAUAGAUUUGUACAGUGGCCUGUCGGAGAGUCAUCAAAGCUGUUCUAUAAAUUGCUUAAAGUCUAACUCAUUGGCAGCCAUUGGAGGCGCUAGUCUGUUUCAGUCAAUGGUAGUGAAACAUGAUCUCUGCCACUCAUCCCAGUUCAAAUUAAUUUUAUGUCAAUGGCAGUGAAUAAGUAAAAAAAAAAAAACAUGAGGCUGACUAAUAGUAAUGAUUUGUGGGGAACAUUUUUUGAAAUUGGCCAUAUCGGGUUCCUGCUUGACAGUGACGCUACAUUAAAGGAUAAGACAACACCUACAUUACAUAAAUGACCUCCUGUGAAACUCGAGCUAUAUAAAUACAGUAUGCAAAUCACAAAUUUCUUAGACCUCUGACACGGAAGAAAAUAGCUAAACAAAAAAAAUGUCAGCCUUUCUGAGCGCAGUUACCCGUAUUUUUCAGACUAUAAGUCGCACCUGAGUCCAAGUCGCACCAGCCCAAAAAUGCGCAAUGAAGAGCAAAAAAAAAACCAUAUAGAAGUCGCACCGGAGUAUAAGUCACAUUUUUGUGGGAAAUUUACUUGAUAAAAUCCAACACAUAGAACAUAUUCAGAUAACUAUAGCAUAAAGAACAUGCUAACAAGUUUACCAAACCAUCAGUGUCACUCCAGAGCUCCAAAAUAACGUGAAGUAGGCCUGAACGAUAUUGGGAAAAACUAUUGCUGCGAUUUUUUUGGGGUUUGCGAUAUAUUGCGAUAUUAUAUUGCGAUAUUAAAAAACAUUUAUAUAUUUUUUUUCAAGCUAUUUUCACAAGAUGACUUAAAUAGCUGUUUGGAAAGACUUUAGAUCACCACAGUGUACAGUCAUCCCUUGUUUUUUGCGGUUAAUGGGGACCAGAACCCGCCGCGAUAAGUGAAAAACCGCGAAGUAGCCCACCCCCCCAUUUUAUUUUUUUUUUUUUGUGUGUGUGUUUUGUGCCCAAUGUAUUUAUUCAGAUUUAGCAUUGGAAAGAGAUACAUACAGGUUGACCCAAAAAAACGUUUACACUCAGUUGACUGCUUGUUUAAAAGCCAUUGAAACAUAUCUAAAUAGGUUGUCAUGCUUAAGUGAUUCAUUAAGGUCACUCAAUGCAGCUGGUAAUCUCUCGUCUCUACAAUUCCUGUGCUUCUGCUGAAAAUGAAGAAAACUUUAGCUGUACCUGAAUUGCUGCGUGCCGUUCUGACACCUACUGAGAUUACAGCAAAUCUGAGAAUAUCCAGAUGUGCAGUCUACAAAGUUAAAAAGAAGCUGAAAGAUAUUGGAACAGCCUCACGAAAACCUGGGUCUGGAAGUGCUGAUCUGUGCCGACCAAAAAGUUGAUCGACAAGGUGAUAUGUGGCCACCCCAGAGUCCAGAUCUCAAUCCCCUGGAUUAAAGCAUAUGGGCAACUGUGGAGGACAGUGCCUGUAAGAAGCCACAAACUGCUGUGGCAGCCUUGGAGAGGUCCAUUGUUAGAUCUUGGGAAAAGAUGACAGCAUCCUACAUAAAGAAGCGUUCCGCAGGCGCCUGGAGGCUGUUGUGACACUUAAGGGAGGACACAUUGAAAAAUAGAGUGUACUGUACAUGUUCUUUACAAUAAUGUAUAAUUUGUGAUUCAAUUCUAAUUCUAAGAUGAAUAAACAUGGCAUUUAAGUUGUAUUAUGGCAGUGUAAACUUUUUUUUGGGUCACCGUGUAUAAGACGUUUUUUCUCACCCCCCCCCAACCCCCCCCAAAGUGAUUUAAAAAAUGUAUAAAAAUAAAUGGUUUUUAAGCACUUCAAAUUUCAUAAUUAUGAUAAGUUUUAAACAUAACUGUCCAACCAAAUCAUUUUUGAACAAGAAUAAAGUACUGUAGCAGAUAAAUGCUUGGCUUUAUUAAAUGCUUCUGUUUAUCUACUUUAGCUGUGAUCGUUGAAGUGACAUGUAGAAAUGUCAAACUCCUCAUGAUCACUUCUGGCAUUUAAAUGUCUCCAACGUCCCCACAGUACACACAUUCAUUCCAGCGCGGCUUCCUUGCAACUGUUUAACAAGUUCAACGAUGAUUGACAGAUGCCCGUGUGAAGUCUGCUUCUUUGGCCGGAUCAAAGCCAUUGUUGUGCCGCAGUGACUGAGAGGAUCAAAAGGCUGGGAGAGGGAGGGUAGGAGGCUGUGCGCAGACCAGAAAGUGAGGCGUAUGUGGAUCAAAAAAAAGAAAAACUAUCGCACGUGCUUGCGAUGGGACUAUUGCGCACACGCACAUCGCGAUGGCGAUGUUUAAACGAUAUAUCGUUCAGGCUUAACGUGAAGUGAUAUAAUAAUGUGUUAAUAAUUUCACACAUAAGUCGCUGCAGAGUAUAAGUCGCACCCCAAGCCAAACUAUGGGGGGAAAAAAAAAAACCUGCGACUUAUAGUCCAAAAAAUACGGUACCUUGCAUAUAAAUACUGAGAGACUUGAACACAGAGGUAAAGAUUAUUGCUAUUUUAAAAAAAAAAAAAAAAAAAAAAACAGGUGGGGUGGGUGUCUAUUUCUGGGAAAAUUGGCUUUUACACAUGUUUUCUUCUGUUAUUCAUCAGAACAAUUAGAAUCUGAUUUUUCAAUUUAUUAAACAUGUAUAAACUCAUAAGAAACUGCUAUUCUUUCCGCUUUUAUCCAUAUCAUGCAGAUGUUGUCUCAACCUUUAACUGUUGUUAGCCACUGUAACGUUGCAGUGUUUGAACAGUAGCAGUUCUGCUCGAUGGGAAGAUGAACAGACAUGUACCUAAUUAAAUGCUUAAAAGUUGAAAACAAACAGUCCUAAAAGCUGAAUUGAAAAGGUACUUUAAGAGUUAAAUACAACUGAACUUUACUUAAAAAACAAACAAACUAGAAAUUGCUGUAAAGUUACGCAUUGUUAAAUAUUUAGGUGGUUCUUUGUUUUUCCUCCGGGGGGAGUCCGCUUCUCAACUGACUAAUCCAAAGGCUGACUUGGAGUUGGUCACAAGAAAGGGUCAUGCCACAAAACUUUUAGCUCAAUUGGUGCUGGACUCUUGCAAAGCAGUUUUCGGGUGUGUUGUCUCAAGUUUUAAAAACAAGUUAACAUGAACAAAAUGUAUCUUUUACGCAGUUGCAAAUUUCCUGAUAAUUAUGGGAGAGAACAUUUAUUUUCUGUAGCUCACUUAUAUGUUUGCGUUCCUCAUCCUAUUCCAUCACUUGAAUCUUGAAGUGAAAAUUGCUAUCUUAGGUCUCGGUAAAUCGGGCUCCUAAUCUCAGGUAUCCGUCAGUGCUGACCACUCGCACGCCACGGAGAGGGUCGAGGACCAAGUGGCCGCAGGUUCAUUUAGAGAAAAAAAACUGAUGUUCAGCCCAUAACCUGCAAACACUUGAAUUCGGAAUCUUUUCCUUUUUUUUCCCCACUCACUCUGAGCGAGGGUUACAAAAAGCUUCACAAAUCAUGUGACUCCUAAGUUUCCGUCUUAAUCGAGCGAAGACCAUUUACAACUCUUUGGGUGUUUGUUUACUGGCACAUAGCUUCCAUUGAAUUUGCUGUGUUCAUGAGCUUUACCUUUUUGUACAUAAUGUGUUGAUAUGAAUGCUUCCCCUUAACCUAGUGAGGGAGUGCGGUCGAUUGGUCGGGCAGUCUCAAUUGACACCCAUCGUUCUGCAAGUGUUUUGUAACGUUUGGAUAAGUGGUUCACCCCCAUUUUGCGUUCUAAUAAUUUAAAAUGACUUAACUUCUAAGAAGCAAAACAGUAGUGUCUUUGUGUACCGUACUGCUUUGUCAUAUUGACCACGCUGUGUCAGUGUUCCAUAUAUAGUGUUGCCGUUUGUUCUUGAGGGCUUUCUACUGGAGUCUUUUCUUAUCGAGCCUGGGUAAUGUUAUCUACUUUGUAAUCCAAACUUGGAUGUUUAGUUCAAAAAGCAGCAAUGCCUGUUUAAAUUGCGCAUUUGAAGUUGGAACUUGAACAAAGCAGACUCUUAUUUUCAUAAGAUGGGCUUUUUUUAAAGUUACAAAGUUCUUACUAUAUAAAAAAAACAAACAGGCAUCCAACUACAGCUAUCAAGCCCGCAAAGACCCUUGUUACUAAAUCACAGCUUGCGUCAUUCACACUACUAAUGCCUUUUAACUCAGUGUACUAAGAGAUGUUGAUUCUGUAUUUAAGAAAAUGAAAACAGUCAACCAAUUAUCAAAGCCAUUUUAUCAUGUCCAAGUGAAAUCCCAUGACGUCUGUGGUAUGACGAAAGAAGUGUCACAUUUGGAUUCUGAAAGUAUUUGUAGUUUGAUAAAAGGUACUUUGUCCGUGGAUGGCCAUUUUCUUGCCACAUCAUCCAAGUGUUCAUCAAAAACAAACGUGUAUUUUUUGCACUAUGUACAUACAGUACUAGAAAAAGCGGUAUUGUGAUUAAAAAAAAAAAAAAAAAAAAAAAAAAAAAAAAAACGGUUCAAUGAAGUACUUUUCAGUGUUCUGUCUUUAUAUGAAUAUUUAUGACUGUCUUUCAUGACUACAUUACUAGCAACAUUGUACGAGGCUGUUUUCCCUAAACUAUAUGGACUGAUGAUUAACAUCAUUAAAAUGUUGUCUAAAUAAAUCCAAUGGCUGUGCCUAUUCAUUUUUUUUCCGAUAAGAUUUUUUAGCAUGGAUUCAGUGAUGGAAUGUCACAAAGUAAAAGUACUUUGUUACUGUGUUUAAGUACAUUUUUGUGUAUCUGUAAUUGAGUACAAAUAUGAAGUGGUACUUUUGACUUCAGUACGUUUUACAUAAGGUAUCUGUACUUUUUACUCCACUACUUUUCAAAUUCUUUUCGCCUUUGUUACACGUUACUUAUGUUUGUUUUCUUUUUUUCCUCAUUGUGAUUUGAUAUUUGUUUUCUACGGAGUUCUUAAGGUGACAUUGAAGAGGGAAAAAAAAGUUGAAGUAAAAAAAAAAGUGCCCCAAAAGGGACACGGAAGAUUUUUUGUUGU